GAGGAAGGGCUUCUCCUCACUCGCAGCGGCAGGCGCGGCAGUCCUGACAGGAUGAGUGCAGGCUCGGACCCCGUGGUCAUCGUCUCGGCGGCGCGGACCAUCAUAGGCUCCUUCAAUGGCGCCCUGUCCACCGUGCCCGUCCACGACCUGGGCGCCACUGUCAUCAGAGAGGUCCUGCGGAGGGCCGCGGUGGCCCCGGACGAGGUGUCCGAGGUCAUAUUUGGACACGUCUUGGCCGCAGGUUGCGGGCAGAAUCCAGUCCGACAAGCCAGCGUGGGCGCAGGCAUCCCCUACUCCGUCCCGGCCUGGAGCUGCCAGAUGAUCUGUGGCUCGGGCCUGAAAGCCGUGUGCCUCGCCGCGCAGUCAAUAGCCACAGGGGACUCCAGCAUCGUGGUGGCAGGUGGCAUGGAGAACAUGAGCAAGGCUCCACACUUGGUUCACCUGAGGACAGGAGUGCGGGUUGGGGAGACAGCGCUCGCUGACAGCAUUCUCUGUGACGGCCUUAUCGACGCCUUUCACAACUACCACAUGGGUGUUACGGCUGAAAAUGUAGCCAAACAAUGGCAAGUGAGUCGAGAGGACCAGGACAGGGUCGCCGUGCUGUCCCAGAACAGGACGGAGGACGCGCAGAAGGCCGGCCACUUCGACAAAGAGAUCGUGCCGGUGGUGGUGUCUUCCAGGAAAGGACCUACUGAAGUGAAAACGGAUGAGUUCCCUCGCCACGGGAGUAACUUAGAGGCCGUGUCCAAGCUGAAGCCGUACUUUCUGACCGACGGAACAGGCACAGUCACGCCGGCGAACGCUUCAGGGAUGAACGACGGCGCGGCCGCGGUGGUGGUCAUGAAGAAGUCGGAAGCUGCCAGUCGUGGGCUCGCCCCUCUAGCGCAGAUAGUGUCCUGGGCACAAGCAGGCGUGGAGCCUUCCAUAAUGGGAACAGGGCCGAUCCCAGCAAUAAAGCAAGCCGUUGCCAAAGCUGGCUGGUCGCUGCAGGACGUCGACAUAUUCGAAAUCAACGAAGCCUUCGCAGCCCUGUCAGUGGCAGUUGCUAAAGAACUCGGACUGAACCCAGAGAAGAUCAACAUCCAAGGAGGAGCCAUAGCCCUGGGGCACCCGCUCGGAGCAUCCGGCUGCCGCAUCCUGGUGACCCUGGUGCAUGCCCUGGAGAGGACCGGGGGAACGCGCGGCGUCGCGGCCCUGUGUGUCGGGGGUGGGAUGGGAAUAGCGAUGUGUGUUCAGAGGGGAUGAGCAGUGAGCGGCGCUCACACUCGCCCGGGCCUCAUGUCCACUAACCCACUACUAAGGACCAAAGUAAGGAUGGAAACCAUUUCCUACUUCACAAAAAUCCAAGCUGACAACUCACUGUACUUUAAUGUGUAAUAUCUGGGGUACAAGACAAUUGCAUCUAACACUGUUAUAAAUAAAGGAGAAAUCUGAUCAGUCA